AUGAGGCUCUCCCUGCGCAAGAAGAUCACAGCCUUACGCGUGGCACCGGGCCGCAUCCGCCGGGCAGCGGGCACCCACCCGCAGGUCCCCCUCGCCGCAGCCUCCGUCCAUCGGUGCCCCGCAGGGAUCCGCACCGAGCAGGACUUCUACGUGCGCCUGAUCGACUCCAUGACCAAACAAGCAAUAGUAUAUGAAGGCCAAGACAAGAACCCAGAAAUGUGCAGAGUUCUGCUCACGCAUGAAAUAAUGUGCAGCCGCUGUUGUGACAAGAAAAGCUGUGGCAACAGAAAUGAGACUCCAUCAGAUCCAGUGAUAAUUGACAGGUUCUUCUUGAAAUUUUUCCUCAAAUGUAACCAGAAUUGCCUAAAAAAUGCAGGAAACCCUCGGGACAUGCGGAGAUUUCAGGUCGUGGUGUCUACAACAGUCAACGUUGAUGGCCAUGUGUUGGCAGUGUCGGACAACAUGUUUGUACACAACAACUCCAAGCACGGGCGCCGGGCUAGAAGGCUUGAUCCCUCGGAAGCAGCUACACCAUGUAUCAAAGCCAUCAGUCCAAGUGAAGGAUGGACUACAGGAGGUGCCACUGUCAUCAUCAUAGGAGACAAUUUCUUUGAUGGGUUACAGGUCAUAUUCGGCACCAUGCUGGUUUGGAGUGAGCUGAUUACUCCUCAUGCAAUCCGAGUUCAGACGCCUCCCCGACACAUCCCUGGUGUGGUAGAAGUCACAUUGUCCUACAAAUCGAAGCAGUUCUGCAAGGGAACGCCUGGGAGGUUCAUUUACACUGCUCUGAACGAACCCACCAUUGACUACGGCUUCCAGAGGUUACAGAAGGUUAUUCCACGACACCCUGGUGAUCCCGAGCGCUUGCCAAAGGAAGUAAUAUUGAAGAGAGCAGCUGAUUUGGUAGAGGCUCUCUAUGGUAUGCCACAUAAUAACCAGGAAAUAAUCCUGAAAAGAGCAGCAGAUAUUGCAGAAGCACUGUACAGUGUUCCCCGCAAUCACAACCAGCUCCCAGCACUUGCUAACACGUCCGUCCAUGCAGGGAUGAUGGGAGUGAAUUCCUUCAGUGGUCAGCUAGCUGUCAACGUCUCCGAAGCCUCGCAGGCCACCAGUCAGGGUUUUACUCGCAACUCGAGCAGCGUGUCACCGCACGGGUACGUGCCAAGCACCACCCCUCAGCAGACAAACUACAACUCAGUCACCACGAGCAUGAAUGGCUACGGGAAUGCCGGAAUGUCAAAUUUAGGCGGUUCUCCAACCUUCCUGAAUGGGUCUGCUGCCAACUCUCCCUACGCCAUUGUGCCGUCCAGUCCAACCAUGGCUUCCUCCACUAGCCUCCCCUCCAACUGUAGCAGUUCCUCUGGGAUCUUCUCCUUCUCACCAGCCAACAUGGUCUCAGCGGUGAAACAGAAGAGCGCUUUCGCCCCUGUCGUGAGACCACAAACUUCCCCUCCUCCCACCUGCACCAGCACCAAUGGGAAUAGCCUGCAAGCUAUAUCUGGCAUGAUUGUUCCUCCCAUGUGAAAGAAUUGCCUUGAAGAAUUUUAUUAAUGAAGAGGUUGGAUUCUGCUUCAGAGAGAAAUCUGAUACAAGUCCCCGAGUGGAACUUUUUACUCAGGCCUUUUUAAAAAAUAAAAAUAAAAUAAAGAGGAAUCUUACAAUAACUGCAGAUUUUUAAACAAAACAAAACAAAAAUCACCAUCCUUGCAAAUCCUGAAAUUAGCAAAGAAUCUGCAAUUGCAAGGUGUUGAUUCCAGUUGUCCAUCCCAAGUACUUGGGGGAGCUAUUUAUUCUGUGUUGAUGGAAACAAAAAUCCACUUUUUGGUUUUGUUUUUUGUUUUUAAAGCUUGAUUUAAGUCAACAGCCAUUUGUCUUUUAUAAAUCUCACCAUUACAAAGGGACACUAGAGAUGAAACUCCAGGUUUUUAAUUUAUGACUUUUUUGUUUUCAAGCGGUGGAAAGGGAAACGAAGUGGUAACAUUUAUAACAACUCUGUAUGGGACAGCAUAGAAGUGCCAGUUAGUUUUCUUAGAGGAGUAAUGGCUAUUUAACGAGGGGUCGGCUCGUACCGGUGGCUCAUCCAGGGGCGGCUUGCUAACGGGAUACAUUUUUCACUUCGAGAUACCGUUCACUAGGUAUCCGGUCAGGUGGGGCAAGGGGGGAAAAUUGUAAUCUCUGUCUUUCAUAUUGUAAAUAAUGUGACAAGCAACGUUGGGGAAAGCAUAGCCAAGGACGUGAAUAGCAAAAGCAAUCCCCUUCAGACCCUGAAACCCAGUGCCUCUGGAUAUAAUGCUAAAGCUGCAGAAUUAAACAAGCAUGCUCUCCAUUUAGCUUAUAUCAGGAUCUGUCCAAAUGAGCGGCCUCCUUUGAGUUUAGCGUAACCUGAACUGCGCAUCCCAAUCUCGCCUCAUCUUUGCAUAGCAAUCUGAAGACACGGACUCGGGCCAUCCUUGCAUUUGGGCGUUUUCGGACUCGUUUUCCUUUUGCUGUAGCCCGGUUGUUUGUCUGGGGCAAAACGAGGUUCAGCUCGUCUGCGAUCCCGCAUUCCCAUAAAGGCUCCAGAAGCACGCCCCUUCUCGACAGCCUCCCGCUAGGAUCCUUGCCGUAUCAGUCGACCCGCUCAGUUUGUAACAUAAUCUAUUAAGCAACAGGUAACUGCUUUUGAACAGUAAGUGAAUUGAACAUGAAUUUGGGGGGCAGAGGGGGCUCUUACGAAGGUCUCAAGUCAAAACCAUAAAUACAGGAAUUUUGCUAUCAUUAUCUGGGAAGUGUUCUUAAAAAUAUUAGUCAAAGAGGCAGCAAAGCUCUGAAGAUGCAUUACCUGAUAUUUUUUUCUUUGCUGUUGUGUUUUGUAUGUAGUUAUAAAUAAUGUAGAUUUUUUGUGAUUUUUUGCCAAAGUUGUUGUUCUAUUUAUACAUUUUAAUGUCUUAAGACAGUUUUUCAAUAUCACAAAAAAAAGAAUUUUACUGCAUAUUUUGCAAAAAGAGCUCACUACCUUUAGCUUGCACAUACUUGCAAAAUUAAUUAAAGAAAAAAAAAAGCUUUUUUUGUUUUGUUUUGUUUUUUUGUUUUAAAGGGGAUUUUGUAAAAUAUCCAUAUAAAUAAUGUAUUUAUCUUUGGAAUUUGUACAUUGCUUUUUUUCCCAUCCCCAGUUUAUUUUAUUGUGUAUGUUUGCUAUGUGAAAAGUGCUGAUUUGUUUGGUCGCUCACCGUUGUAUUAGCUGUUUAAAUGUGAUUUUAAAACAUUUCAUUUCUAGGUUUUUUUGGGUUUUUUUAGUAUUGUUUUAAAACCAUGCUUCCAUUUUUUUAUUUCCACCCAAAAGCCAUCGUCUAUUUUUGUAUUAUUUGUAAGUUAAGAAGUUUUUUCCAAUAUAUGGCAAAAAGUAGCAUAUUAUUCUUGUAGCAUUUAGUUAUGUAGAUUUUAAAAAUGUAUCCUUUGCUUUUGAGGCUUAACAAAAACUAAUGCUGUUUUACUCUUAAUAUGCAUGGGAUCUCUCCUCUUUGGAGUGACGCAUUUUUGUGCAUUAAAUAUGGGGAGAAACUUCAUAAAACUCAAUGAAAAUACUUUCUUUCUUAAGUCUGCUUGUAUAUUUCUCUGUCUUUCACAUAAAUAUAAACCAGCAGAUUGGAUGCCUUAACAAUGCAAAUCAUAUUCAUUUCACUUGUACAUUGUACUGUGCACCAGAACUGUCAAUCAUCACUAACAUUCUAAGAAAAAAAGGAUUUGAAAAGCACAAAAGAACUGUUUUGUUACCUUAAGACAAUAUAACUUUUUUCUAGUCAAGCAAGAAAUCAUUUACAACGAUGCUGCAACUGUGCAUGCUUCCUGUAUGAAUUUUGCAAUGGUUUUCACUAGAAUGUCACAGUGUGAUCUUUUUUCGGGGAAGGGAAGAAAACAACAUUUUUUUUUUUCGUGGCGAGAAAAUAAAAGGGGAAAAAAAAAACUGGAAAAAUGUGAGAGACAUCAGUGUAUUGCUUCUCUGUAUUCCAAACAGUUAUUCUAAUUCACAUAGUAAGCAACCGCACGGCAAUGUAAUCAAAUUUAAAGCCAUAUUUUGUCCAGUGACACCCUUGAUUGCUCUUGUAGGAUCCAUUCUGAGUUGUAGCUGUUUAGACACCCAUGUUAGCCAUCUACAUUCGUAGCCCUUUACUUCACAGUCCAAAGAUCCUUUGACAAUGUGUAUAAUUUGUUUUGUCGCAGCUAUUUAUAGUGAUCUGAUAAAAGGGAAUUUAUUAAAAAAAAAAUCCCCCUGCAAAAGGCCCUCGAUCUUUUACAAAGUAAAAGAUGCCGCUCUUUACAGAAUAUGGCUUUAAGUGGAAACGUUCAAGAUUUCAGUUUUAAAAGGUGAAGCUUCACAAUGACUGGAGUGCAUAAAGUAUACCUAUUUCCUCACAGUUGUACUAGGAUGCCGCUAAAAUGAAGUCAUCUCUGAAACUGCUAACCUUUCACCUUCUUAUCUAAAUCUUUUUGAAUAGACACACACACUGUACAGUUCUAUUGUUAGAGAAACUAACUACUGUAGAGAUUGUUAUAAUUUUUUUGCAGAAAUUCAAGCUGUAAAAACUUUUCAACUUUCACAAUAUUUAAUUAAAGUUACUUCCUGUCUGUGAAAACA